AUGGGACUUGUGGAGCUUUUGUGGGUGGCAUCUAUGCCGGUGAUUAAAGUACUGCUAAUCACUGCAGUUGGCUUAGUUCUUGCACUGGAUAACAUAAAUUUAUUGGGAAAAGAUGCAAGGAUACAAGUGAAUCAUAUCGUGCAUUACGUGCUUUAUCCUGCACUGGUGGGUGGUAAUUUGGCUGACACGAUUACUUUUGAGAAUGUUGUUUUAUUGUGGUUCAUGCCCGUCAAUAUUCUCCUCACGUUUAUAAUAGGCUCUGUCUUAGGAUGGAUCCUUGUCAAAUUAACAAGGGCUCCCAAACACUUGGAAGGACUAAUAAUUGGUGUUUGUUCUGCAGGAAAUUUAGGAAACUUGCCCAUUAUCAUUAUCCCGGCUAUAUGUAAAGACAAAGGUAGUCCUUUUGGAGACUCCAAUAUCUGUUAUCAAAAUGGAAUGGCUUAUGCUUCACUUUCUAUGGCGGUUGGAGCUGUUUACAUAUGGAUUUAUGUCUACAACAUAAUGCGAGUUUCCUCAAGUAUAGUUCCCACAGAAGAGUAUAGAACCAGCUCCUUCAGACUGGAGGCUUCAGGAGAGAUACUAGAUUAUCUCCCAGAGGAAGAAUCCUCAGACCCCAAAAAUCCAGCAGAGGACAGCAUGGAUGGUGAUGCAUACACCCUUUUGCUUUCGUCAAAUGAAUCCGAGGAGAAACUGAAGGUUGCUACCAAUAACACUUAUAUGUAUCACCUAGCAUCUUUCUCUUGA